GUGUGUUGACAAAACUACGAGCAAGGAGUCCAAAUGACGAAAUUCAAAAGGUGUUGAGAUUGAGUUAUGAUGGAUUAGCCUAUGAAGAGAAGCAAACUUUCCUAGACAUUGCAUGUUUCUUAAAGGGUGAAAAUGAAGCAUUUGUAGAAGAGCUAUUAAAGAGCUAUGAAUUCCAUCCAACUGUUGGCAUGCAAAACCUUAAAGAUAAGGCUCUGAUUGUCACAACCAAUGGAAAAGUUGAGAUGCAUGACUUAAUACAGGAAAUGGGCUUACAAAUUGUUCGUGAAGAGAAUAUCAGUGAACCUGGAAAAAGGAGUAGAUUAUGGGAUCCUAGCGAAAUCUAUGAUGUAUUGAAAAAUUGUGAGGGAGAAAAAGAGGUUGAAGGCAUAAUAUUCAAUACAGAUGAGAUUAAUAGACCUUUAGAUUUGACUGCUGAGACUUUUAAUAAAAUGACAAGAAUAAGAUUUCUUAAAGUUUACUCAUCAUUAACUCAGAUUAUGUCAGAUGAAUUGGGUAUUGCAGCAGGUCUUGAGUCAAUUUCUACCAAAAUAAGGUACUUCACUACAGUCCUGGCGAUACCCAGGAAAGUCCUUGCCAUCAAAUUUUGUGCUGAGCUUCUUCUUGAACUUAACUUGGAAUGGAGCCGGGUUGAAACACUUUGGGAAGGAGUGCAGGAGUUCUCGGUGUCAUCAGAAGAACUAACAUCUUUAGAUUUAGAUGGAAAUGAUAUAGAAGAAUUGAGCCCAUCAAUUGGGCGUUGUUCAAAGCUUAGAAGACUCAACCUCUGUGAUACAAAAUUGAAGAAUCUAAAGGUAUUAAGUUGCUUGACAUAUCUGGAGGAACUCCGUGUUUCCAGCCAGAAGAUUGACAGUGUCGACCUACAUGUGCUAUUUGAUAGCUUAUGCAGCCUCCAAUCACUGACUCUCGAGAUGUGCUGUGACUUAACUGAACUCCCAGAUAAUAUCAGGCAACUCUCGAGUCUGGAAGAGCUUUAUUUGGGAGGUUGCAGGAAUCUUCAAUAUUUACCAGAGCUUCCCCCCUCCCUUAAAUUAUUAGAUGCCACUGAUUGCACAGCACUCUCGUUCAACCUCUCCUUCGUUCAUCACCUUAGAAAUCUCAAUCGUCUCCUGCUCCAUACUUUAAGUCCUUGGUAUCCUCCACAGACCAUGCUUUGUCGUUUUAAACUCAUGUGCCUUGGUAUUCAAAAGAUGGCAGUUCUAUUUGAUGCAUUGCCAUCUUUAGAAGUGUUGUCUUUGAAGGAGUGGCGCGACCUAACUGAACUCCCCCACAAUAUCACACAUCUUUCUGAGCUACGCUAUCUAUCUGUAGAAGGUUGCACCAUGCUUCGGAGUCUACCGGAACUUCCUCCAUCCCUUAGAAAGUUGAUUGCCACAGACUGCACAUCACUGAAGACGGUGUCUGCUUCAACAAUUUCAAGCACAUCUGAGAAUUAUGGUGAGAAAAUCUUUUCAUUCAUCAACUGUGUGAACUUAGAUCUGGGCGCCAUUGAAGAACAAGCCAAUUUGUUGUUAGAGAAAGCAGUUCAUGAGAAGAAUGAUGUUACAGUUUGUUACCCAGGGAAGAAGGUUCCGAAGUUGUUUGGGAAUCAUAGAUCCCAAAAUGAUUCGAGCAUCAUCGAACUACCUCCAGCUUCUUACAAUUUAGCGGGUUUUGUUUUUUGCGCCGUUGUUCCUGACUCCUUCCCACGGGAAGAGCAUAUGGCCCCUGAAAUUUCCUUCGGCUUUACAUUGGAUGAAAUGACUCGCGAAAUUGCAUUUUCAUCGCUCAUAAAAUUCAGUCCUGGAAAUGUUCUCCUACGUUCUAAUCCAAAACUAUCUGAAUUGAUAGUCAGGAAGAUUGAAGAGAAAAGAAGAAACCAUGAAACCACCUCUUAUGACCAAAAUCUUUUGUUCAAAUUCGAUUUUGGAAUUGGUAGUGAUAUUCUCAUCAAAGAGUGUGGAGCCUAUCCCAUAUAUGCCUCAGAAUAUUACAAUGUUGAUCAACAGGGGAAAUCGGCGGCGUUCAAUCUUGAAUUCCCGAAAACGCAAGGUCAUAAUGAUUGA